AUGGCCAAUUCAACUUCAUGUACUACUUGUACAGAAAUGACGAGUUACGUAAACCAAUCAUUGCUUAAUGAAACAUUUGUAGUUUCUAGUACAUCUAUGCCAUUCCCAUGGAAUUAUGGAAGCCUAAAAGUCAUGUGUUGUGCACCCCCAGGGGGAAACUUUUCAUUCUUGCGCAGAAUGAUGUGUGAUUCACUAUUUUUCCAAGUCUUUGACAACAGCAAAGUGGACACGGCAGAAAUUUCUCAAUCCUCCAAGGCGAUCCUAAUGGUCCUCUAUUCCAUUAUAAUUUUUGUCUCCCUGGUGGGAAAUAUGAUGGUUCUUAUUACGGUGUGUGGAAACAGGAACAUGAGGUCUGUCACCAAUGUAUUCAUCUUGUCGCUUUCAGUGAGUGACCUACUCUUAGCGCUGAUUGCCACCCCAAUCAAUAUGGGGAACGUUAUGUCUACUUACUGGAAGUAUGGCGCAUUUGCCUGCAAAAUUGUUCCUUGCAUAACGACAUUCUGUGUAGCCUGUAGCUCGCUGACGUUGUGUUGUAUCGCCUUUGAGCGAUUCUACGCGAUCGUGUACCCACUGAAGGUGAAGUUUUUCCAAGCAUCGACAAGACUGGUACCUUUGUUGGUCACCGUAUGGAUGACGUCUUUACUAUCGGGGAUCCCCCAAGUUUUCUAUUUCGAACUCAUCAAAGUAAAGGAUGUAUGUGGCAAAACUGUGAAUGAUAUUUGCACUCUACCUCUGAUUACAAGUAAUACAAUGGAGUUCUUUCAGCUAUGGUUGCCGUUCGUGAUUCUUUUCGUUGCUCCACUCAUGGUAAUGACAAUUCUUUAUUCUAUUAUCAUCAUUAAGUUAUGGGGAAGGAGACCAAUUGGAAUAUCCAUGAAAACCAGCGACUCUUAUCGUCUGAAACAGAAAAAGCGCGCCAUAAAAAUGCUUGUUACUGUCAUGGUUCUUUUCAUUGUUUGCUGGCUUCCCAUUCAAACGUUCAAUGCCGUCGGGGAGAAAGAGUCGAAUAAUACGCCCGAUGUCACACUGCAGUGGAAAGCUUUUCUGAAAUGCAUGGCGUUAAGUAGCAGCUGCUAUAACCCAAUUGUUUAUGCAUUCAUGAACGAGAAUUUUCGAAAGAAUUUUGCCAAUCUGCUACGAUGUCGGAAACGUAGAAUCGAACCACUGUCCGUGAAGGGUGUGGACAACAGGCGAUCUAUAAAGAAAAAACCGCAAAAAACCAACUGGAUCAAGUUUGGAUCUGAAAAUGCCACCAGCGUACCCGCAACGAGAGGGACAAACGAGACGAAAGUUUAGGACCACAAGAAGAAUGACGAGUGUUGUGGAUAAGCUCGUAAUAGAUCUCAUCAGCUUUUAACUACCUUCAAACUUUACCUUGUGUACAUAGACUUUAACAAUAUUAUUUCAUGAUUCAUAGUAAAUUAAUUCAACCAAUGCUAUUAUUAGACAGCAAAAUUAUUAGACAGAUGAAUGCUCCUUUUAUUUAUUUGUGCAUUAUCACCGUGCACUACAAAUAAAACAUUCCAUCUUGUUCUGAAAGUCAGUUAAAAACAAACAUACUGUAGCAUCACUUUAACAUUGUUUGUUGGAAUGUUUCAAUCAUUGACUAAUUACCCUGUGGUUAUUUCCCACCUUUUUCAUUAGUAUCUAUUUCGAUAUUUAGAAUGCGUUGUGUAAUUCUGAGAGUAUAUAAAAGUACUUUGUCAAUUAAUAGCGAUUCAUGUACAGAUAUUAAUUUUUAUUAUAUUGUUUGAAUCCCUUCUUUCCUCCCAGCAAUCCAUUGUCGUGAUGGAUGUACGCAUUCUGGUAAUUUGUGCGAAUGGCAUUCAGUACUGUAUGUUCUAUUUUGGUGAAGUAUUUUCUAGGUGUGUAUCCGUCACGUAUAGACCGACAAACUGUUAUAAGCUUUGGAGGGCUUGCUUUAAACACACGCAAAAUGGUCUUGAGUAACCGCCCCCUUUCGGUUAUUUCCAUGGGGUUAGUUCUGUGUUCCGUUACGACAGUCUCGUUUGGAGAAUUUGCUCCUUUGCAAGUGACAAAAAGGGAAGGGUUGAUUGGUUGAUAUGAUUUACGUGAAGUAGAAAGGCAAAAUCCGACUCUUUGUAGAGCAUUCAAGUGCCUGUUGUUCAAUUGGAAGAGUUCUUCGAUUACUCCAUCAAUAAGCAGGAUUCUGCUUUUUUCGGAUGUUUUGCACAUGUAAUGAUUCCAAAUGCUGCUUCUUUUCAUAAAAAAAUCUUUGGAGUUGUUUAAAGUUUUGUUGUCGCACAAUCUAUGAUUGUGUUCAGAUUUACACUUUGUAUGCUUUAUAAAUUCGAUGAGAUCAGUUAGAAAACCAUCCAAAGCGGCUUCUCCAUUUUGAUGAAGUGGACAAAACAACUGAUAAAGGAAUUUGUCUAACAUGCUUAAAUCUGGAACCAGGAGAUCGUGAAGAGAUUGUGAUGCGUAUUCACAGCCGAAAAAAUCUUCGUCAAUAUCCAGUAUCAUAUUGUCAGUACUUUCGUGAAUAGAUUCUAGAUAUUCCUUCGCCAGGUCUUCCCUGACUUCUGUAUAAUUUAUGGACGCUUUGAUAAAGCAUCCAUCCUCCUCCAUUUCUACCUCUAGACUCGUUUCAUCAGCAGACAUGAACGUGCAGUAUUUCUGAUUGCUGUCGUCCAUUAUACACAUACAGAACGCUUUAUUACUUCCCAGUGCCGUCUGCUUAGUGAUCGUCCAUCCAAGCUGUAAUGUUCCUGAUAAGCUUGAUUCAUUGUGGUUCACUUCAUCCCACUUUGGCCAAAUCCAGACAUAGUUUGUUAUCAAUCCUGCCAUGGCUGCUGCCUUCGAUGAGAUAUAUAAUAUUUUGUCAAUAAUAUAUAUAUUAAUUAUUCAUGUUUACACUUAUAAUUUUAAUGAAAUGUCAAAAUAGUUAAUAAUAAAAUACUUUUCUA